AUAAUUUAUAAAUUUAACUUAUAUAUAGUUUAGCCUCACGUUGUUACAUUUAACACAUAUAGAGAAUCUGAGCAUAUUACUCAUAUUCAUUAAAUUGCCUUAUUAAAUACUAACGAGGUUAAAUUUAAAAAUACAAGGACCUAUACCUACUAUUUAGUUAGAUCUAUGUGAAAAUAUUUCAGGACAUCUUCUCUCAAAAUCUUAUAGCGGGGGCGGACGUAGACAAUUUAACGAAAUAAAACGAUGGCAGCGGAAGUAAACAAUAUAAUAUAACAUAAUACCAACGGCGGACGUAAACAAUAAUAUAAGAUUUAGCAAUAGAAUCGAACGUCUAUGAAAGGCAGGUACAUAAAAGAAGACAUUGGUUGGGUUAGAAUUGAUGGAUAAAAAAAAAAGUUUUUCAAGGUUGUUUUUAUUGAAUAUAUAAUAUGGUAGGUACUGUACUCAGUGAAUAACUUUUGACAAUUUAUUCGUUCGAAAGCGCUACUAAGAUGAAGACAUCAAAUGUUUGUGUUCUCGUCAUAUCGGCGUUAGUGGUCCAGGUUUCUUCUGAGGAGGUUACUGAGCUCGAUAAAAUGGCAGUCAAUUUGUUCCAUUCUUUAGUUGAUAUUUUGGAAAUACCAUAUAGGAAAAUUGAAAACAUUGUAAAUCCAACAGAAGCGGGUUUAAAAAAAGAACCAUUUUUAGAAGAUCUUACAAUCAAACUUAAACGGAAGAAGGAAGAAAUUGAAAAGACUUACAUGGAAUCGCUGUCACCGGAAAUUAGAGAAUUGGAAAAGAAGAGAUUAAGCGAAUAUGUCAAUACGUCGCAAAAAAUAGUUAAAUCAAUUCAAGAUUCUAAUAAAAUGGCCAGAAGUAUGAUAAAUGCAUAUUUCACCAACCUACCAAAAAAUGUCCAGAGCAAAUUAAUUGGGUUGGGGCAAGACCUAAAUAAUAUUUUACACAAAUUAAAGGAAUUGUCCAAAAAUGGUUCUUCAGAGGCUUAAAAAACAAAUGACUCCACAUAAUCAAAAGUAUUGGUUAAAAUCAGCGGAUUAUGGCGUCAAUAUUAUAAAAUUAUUUUAUUACCUAUGACAAAUGAUAAGUAUUUGUACCAUUGUUUUAUUUAUUACAAUUAUUUAUCUACCAACAUGUAUUUUAAUCUAAUAUUCUUCAUUAUUAAACAAAAAAACUAAUAUUAUAUGUAUGUAUAUUGUUAAUAUAUAUUUAUAAGCUAAUAAAUAAUAACUAAUAUACCUACCUAACCUAA